AUGUCGCACUACGCUUCCGCAUCAAAAUCCUACGAUGAAGGUGAUUAUGCGGGAGAUGACGAUGAUAUGGAUGAUGAUGACGGAUACGACUGUUUGAGCGACUAUGAUGGUGAUAUAGAUGGCGGCGGCGCUACAGUUAGUGGCGAAGGUCCAAGUAGUGGCGGAGAUAGACGUGCUGAUGGCUUUGCACCUCGAUCCUCGUAUCAUCAUGGAGGAAAAGUCAGUGUCGGUGGAAAUGGCCGUCACAGAACAGACUUUCGCCGAUACCGAAAUGCUAGUGACAGAGUCAUGCCUGACCACUCUGACGAUAAUCGCCGCGAUCAUCACAACCAUUUGGAGCGGAAGAGACGCGCAAGCAUUAAGGGUAGCUACUGCGAUCUGCGUGAAGCCAUUCCAAGUUUGCGUGGCUCUAAGGCAUCGAGGGCUGUAACGCUUCAGCGUGCUGCCGAGUAUAUUGAAACACUAACAAAGUCGAAUCGUGAACACUCGUGUUGCGUGGAUGAGUUAACGAGGCAGAAUGAGAUUCUUGAACGUCAGGUUCAAGAUCUUUAUAGAAAUUAUCAACGAUUGGAGAACGAUGAGUACGCACUGGCCCAGGCAGCAGCCGUUGCACAGUCUGGAGCAUCUCUCAAUCAGGCAAGCGUUUCAGGGUCAUUCAAUGCUCCACCGCCUCCGUCCACUUUGCCCGUUACUUCAUCGUCUCCUACUGCGUCUUCUACGGGCAAUUCCACCCCCACUACUGCAGCUCACGCUCUCAAUUGUGGUAGUACUGGCAGCAGCUGCAACAGCUCGACAGGUUUUUCGUUUCCUCUACGUGUAAUUUCACAACAUCAACCUUCUACAAGCAGUAAUGCGUCAUCUCCAGAUGAUCCGCCUUCUACGGGGAUUCCAUCCUCGGGGCUGGCCCAACUAAGCUAUGCAGCAUUGCAACUACAGCAACAGUCGGUGGUAUCCUCUGACACCAUCGCCGCCAAACCACCAGUGGCCUUGACCACCGUUGUGACGACAAGUACACCGCCGAUGACGCGCCUCAUCACCUUGGAUUCUUCAAAUACUGUUUCCUCUGCGUCGCGAGGCGUCGUUCCACAGCGUAUACGUCUUUCAAACUCCCUUUCUACUUCUAGCGGCGGGAGACCUAUUGUCGUGGUCUCUACGUCGUCGUCUUCUUCAGGAACGUCAGCGGCGUCAACAACGUUCUCGGCACUUGAUACGGCCGUUUUGAAGGCGCGGACGUCCCGGCCACCACUGGAUCAACAACAGCACCACCAUCACGUGGUGGUAGGCAGCAAUGUGGAAGUGGUCAGUUCUUCCGCCACUUCUACUGUUCCCAUUUCUGUCACUCCGACGUCCAAUAUAGCGUCGCCGACUCAAGUUUUGGGUCAUCCACGUCGUGUGGUCAUCGUGUCAACACAGCCCCAUCAAGAGUGCCCACCGCCGCCAACCCAGGCUGCCCCCAUCGUUUCGUCAAAACAGUCACCUCACUAG